AUGGAAGCAGCUAGCUACCAAAGCAGCCAGGAAGAGCGCUCCGGACGCUUCCAGAAAAACAGGACCUUUUUGGUCUCUCCUUUAUUGUCUGAAGAACCAGACUCAUGCAAGGUGUUGGAGGUCCCAAGUAAUUCAGAGACCUUGUGGGACCAGCUGCAUGGAACGCUUUGCAGCCAUUUCUCGACUGAAACGGAAACGGAAAGGGGGCUCGCAGAUUCCAGCCUGGUUUCUAAUGGCAGACAGUGUUUCACCUGCAAAGGAACUGACUGCACAGGAUCUUUGAACUGUGAGGGGAGUGAGGACCACUGCAUCAAAGCUACAAGGACUGCAGAAGGGGUCACUAAGAUUUUAAAAGGCUGCACGUCCAAGCAGUUUUGCUCUGGGGAUGCGAUUGCACAAGCCGCUCACAUGACUGGAGUCGACGUAAGUUGCUGCCAGGGCAACUUCUGCAACAGUGCCAGCGGUCCAAUUGGUGGUCUGCUGCUGUUGAUGGUGCCGCUCAUCUCUUUCAUUUUGUUUUCCUAGUGGAUGCAAACAUGAAUAUUCUGCUUUUUAAAUCACAGCCACCAAUUAGAAAGAACAUUGUAUCCAGUGUUUUCCUGAACUUAAAAUAAAAAUGUCUUGAUGUUUGAGUU